UAUUUGGAAACUUACUUUGGUGUUUCCAUCAGCUUAGUUUCUUAAGUUUUAGCUGGACAGCCUAUCCUUUGAGUUUGUGAAUAGAGUUCUGAGGCUCCCUAAGGGACGAAGCUUGUCGCCAUGUGGGCUACUCAGGACGGCUCAGUUCUUGCAUUCCUUCCAGCACUGGCCUUGGCCUAUAGUUCCUUAGUUUAUGGGGCAUGGCAAUACAGCGGGUGCUAUGUCGAUGUUGGCCGGACAAUCGACGGUGCUACGACCACUUCUAGCGCCAUGACUCUAAACAAAUGUAUGGAGUUUUGUAACGAUAAAGGUUUUGCUUAUGCGGGAGCUGAAUACCAUAACGAGUGCUAUUGCGGGAGCAAGCUUGCUAUAAACGCCAGCAAGGCCGAUUCGAUAGAAUGCUCAACGAGUUGCUUGGGAAAUACUACAGAAACAUGCGGAGGAAGGAACCGGUUAACAUUAUUCUUUAAUCCAUCUAACAAAGAGCUUCAACCAAACGUCAAGAUACCGAGCUGGACACACAUUGGUUGCUACUCUGAAUCAGCAGUCGGUCAAGGCUUGUCAUUUUCUGCCCCCGUUCCCAGCAAAUUCGUGGACGCUGCGAGUUGCACGGCUGCAUGCCAAGCUGCUGGCUACAUUCUAGCAGGCACCAAGUAUGGUAGUGAAUGUUACUGUGGUAACACUAUUAGAACUGGCGCUGCUCCAGUUGAAGACGGUUGCAAUACAGCCUGUGAGGCGAACGAUUCCGAGGCGUGCGGUGGUUCUGGCCACCUGAACGUGUAUGAUUUCAAGAUGAAGUUUGGUUCCAAUUCCAUCACGGCAGUACUUUCUCCCAGUAUUAAUUUAGCAGUCGCUAUCAGCUCUUCAAUCGUCUCCAGCCCCGUGAUUUCCAAAAGGGUUGCUCAAGAGCCAACCGCUACCGACACUAGCACAGUCUCCUCCGCAUCAUCAUCUCCUACCUCUCCAUCGCAACCUUUGGUUGUAGAAAACUACAACUGGUAUGGCUGCCAGACCGAAGCUACUAACUCCCGCGCACUAAGCCUAUUUACCUACGCCGAUGAUGCGAUGACGUUAAGUAGUUGCGAAGCAUACUGCAGCGACAAGGGCACGACGUACUUCGGCGUUGAGUACGCUCGUGAGUGCUACUGUGGUAACAAGUUCGAGACUGGGUCUGUCAGUGCACCACCAGGCGAUUGUAACAUGCUUUGCGCUGGAGACCAGAAUGAAUAUUGCGGAAGCGGCAACCGUCUGUCUGUAUAUAUCAAAAAUGGCACUGAGGUUUCGACGUCUACCGCGAGUAGUACAUCAGGCCCGACGAGCAGCGCCCCAGGCACACCCGUAGUCACGGGAUUCCCUGACGGAUGGACCGAUCAAGGUUGCUGGCAGGAUGGCCCUAAUGGUCGUAUCAUGCCGACCUUCCAAGCCCCCGACGACCCCGAGUUGACGCCGCAGACAUGUGCACAGGUCUGCUCCAGUAAUAACUACACAAUUUCGGGCACCGAGUACUACACCCAGUGCUUCUGCAGCAAUCUCAUCUACAAUGGUGGUGUUCAGGGAAAUGAUACGACGCAAUGCUCGACCCCUUGUGGAGGCAAUAGCGAAGUAAUGUGCGGUGGCGCUGGGUAUCUAUCUAUAUACUCGAAGGGCACACCAGAGACUUUCAAGGCCCCUACCCCCAAGAGGGACGUAAAUGAUACAUGGACGUAUCAGGGUUGCUACGAAGACAAUGUCAAUAACGCGCGUACUCUCUUCUGGGCACUUCAGUUCCCUGGAACUAUGACACCCGAGCAGUGCUUGGGCAAAUGCUCUUCCUUCGGUUACGCUGCUGGUGGUCUAGAGUAUGGCGAUGAAUGCUACUGCGGCGAUCCGAUAGAUGUUGAUACCUCGGGUUCCACACAGAGACCAGAGAGUGAGUGCAACGUCGCAUGUGCCGGAGAUCCUGGCUCUAUAUGUGGAGGUGGUGCUCGACUUUCAAUGUACUACUGGACUGGAAAUACUCCGCUUUAUGUCUUUCAGUACCCUGAAGGCAACGAAGCGGGCACAUACUCCAACUUGGUUGGCGGCGUUGUCACGCCCUUGAUGACGAUGCAGUCGAUUACCGGGAAAGUCACUUUCUUGGAGAAAUGGGGAACUGGUGCAGCAAACAGCACAGGCGCUUAUGAACUGGAUCUCACUCAACUUGACAACUUCGACGCCGCCUGGAGGCCUAUGCAUGUGAAGACUGACAUUUUCUGCUCCGCUGGCCUUAUCCUUCCCGACAAGGCCGGGCGACAACUUACUGUGGGCGGGUGGUCUCUAGACUCGACGUACGGUAUCCGUUUAUACAUGCCUGAUGGGUCAGACGGUGUGAAGGGAACUAACGACUGGGAAGAAAACGUUAAUGAGCUCAAACUUCAGAGAGGGCGCUGGUAUCCGUCGGCCAUGGUCAUGACGAACGGAUCGAUCCUAGUCGUAGGCGGCGAGAUCGGCUCAAACGAUAGACCUGAACCCACCCUUGAGAUUCUCCCUCAGGUGGGACCCGUCCUUACCAUGGACUGGCUUCAGCGUACGGACCCAAACAACUUGUAUCCGUUCCUAGCAGUACUACCUGGUCGCGGCAUCUUCGUUGCGUACUGGAAUGAGGCGAGAAUCCUGGACGAAGUUACCUUUGAUACGAUAAAGACACUUCCUAAUAUGCCCGGUGCCGUCAACGAUGAUUUGGGCGGCCGUACAUAUCCCCUUGAAGGUGCUGCCGUUCUGCUACCUCAAUUUGCCCCUUACACAGACCCUCUCGGCAUACUCCUUUGCGGUGGUUCCAGCACUGCUCACUCUGCUCUCGAUAACUGCGUGUCCAUAUACCCCGAAUCCAACAACCCAACCUGGACACUCGAGCGCAUGCCCUCUAAGCGUGUUAUGAGUUGCAUGGCCCCUCUACCAGAUGGCACUUACCUCAUAGCCAAUGGAGCCCAUGAGGGUGUAGCUGGCUUCGGUCUUGCGGACGAUCCCAACUAUAACGCCCUUCUCUAUGACCCAUUCAAGCCUGUCGGCUCGCGUAUUUCCGUCAUGGCCAACACCACCGUCGCACGCCUUUACCACAGCGAAGCUAUCACCCUCCUCGAUGGCCGUGUUCUCAUUACGGGUUCCGAUCCCGAAGAUGGCAAACACCCUCAGGAGAUCCGCGUCGAGGUUUUCACACCUCCAUACCUCUAUAGUAAUAAGAGACGCCCGUCUUUCACCAUACAGAACAAGGACUGGGCCUACGAUGAAUCAGUCCAACUUGAACUGGGCGAGGAGCCUAUUGGGCAGAUACAAGUGUCACUUCUCGGCGCUGUAUCUAGCACCCACGGUAACUCCAUGGGCGCGCGUACCUUAUUCCCGGACGUGUCGUGCAUGGGUACCGUGUGCAGUGUAAUGUCGCCCCCCGGAGUCUACAUCGCUCCGCCAGGGUGGUAUCAGAUAUUCGUGCUCGAAGACGGCAUCCCGGCCAUGGGCACUUACGUGCGCAUCGGAGGCGACCCGGGCGAGCUGGGCAACUGGCCUCCGGGAGACGACUUCACGCGGCCUGGCAUCUAGGUCAGAUUGAUGGAUGGCACGGCUGCAAUUACCUAACUAAUUUUUCUAUCUGAUAUUUCUCAUAUACGCAUUUAAUAUUUAUUUCU